AUGGUCUUUAAAUAAAAAGCCAAAAUAGUAAUUGAAAGUCGAAUCCUCCAAGAAAAAAGAAUUCAUUAUGAUUAUUUAUGUAAUCUUUUAGGUUUAAUUUUAUAGCUCUUCGUGAAAAUGAUGCAAUCAAAGUUAAGGAAAAAUUAUUUUGGAUUCUCUUGACCUCCUUGGGAAAUUUCAAGUUCUUUGAUUACUCUUUUAUAUUUAGAUGA